AUGGGUUGCACAAAUACGAAAGUUCAUGGUGUAGCAUCAGACUGGCAUACUCUCGAUCAAUUACCCGUGGAAAUUCUCUAUAGGAUCUUAGAUGAAUUGGAUAUUUCCACGAUAUUUCAAUCUGUGUAUCACGUGUGUAAACGAAUUGACGAGAUUUUAUAUUUGUACGAUGAUUAUCAUUUAAAUUUGAAACUGGUUACGUUAAAACAUCUACAUUUGAUUUCAUUGCGAAUUCGUCCACAUCAAAUUACCAAAUUAACUCUUAUCGAUGACGAGACAAAUCCCGGAUUACUCGAACUAUUCCUUUCGAAAUACUCAAUGAAUUCUCUAACGCGCCUUCGAUCAUUAACACUUAUGCAAAUCAAUAGCGAAGAAACCAUCAAUCAAAUCUUAAUCCCAGUCGCUGAUGAAACUUCGUUACUGCGUUUCUCUUCUAUAACCAUAAUUAACGCUGAUGAAACAUACAGUGGUGUUACUAUCGAAUUAAUCAUGGCGGUCUUAACUAAAACUUCACUUCGAAAAGCUUAUCUCGAUAUAUCGUAUAGUCGGACGACAUCAAGUCCAUUACCUUGGUUAACGCAGAGUUCUCUAAGACAUUUAACAUUAAUAGGCACUUGUGCAGUCAGUUUCCUUCGGAAUGUGUUUAUUCAUACACCGCAAUUGGAAACACUGAUAACUGAUGAUUGUGAAUUUUAUUCCGAAAAAGCGUUAGAUGGCAGUCCAGAUGAAAACAAUGAUGAUGACGAUGAUGAUGAAGAUACGGAUGAUUCCGAGGAAGUUGAAAUCGAAUUGAAUGCGAAUGUAAAUAAUGAAGGAAAUGCGAUGAUAAAAAAAGAAAAAUUCGCUACGAUUCAAUCGACUGAUUGUUUGAAAUUUUUAUCGCUGACAUCUUUAUCAUUUACUAUGUCGAAACUCCAAUGGCUAUUAGAUGAUAUUCCAACAUUAAAACAAUUUCAUCUCAUCACAACGCCGGGUUACGAUGACGAAUCGAUUUUAGAUGGUUCGCGUUGGGAAAAGUUCGUUUCGAACCUUGAGAAGUUUCAAUUUGUUUUCUCUGUGAGUAUAUCCGAUUCUCCGUCAUGGAAUAUCGACACAUGUUUAUCCACAUUCGGAAGUUCAUUCUGGACCGACAAACAAUGGUUCAUUUCAAUUGAGAAAUAUGAUGAUAUGGUUUUACUUUAUUCAUUGCCCUAUCUCGAUAAAAACUAUGUAUUCCUCAAUGCACCACCUUCGUUCGAAUAUCGUUCAACUGUGAAAAUAAACUCAAUGCUACAAAUUGAAGCGAUGAAAAACGUUCGAAAUUUGUACAUCGACACAUCAGAACCAGUUCGGAAUUCGAUAGAGAAUCUCCGCCAUCCUCGGUUUUGUCAUGUCACAAAUAUGAUUUUACACGGUAAAUGGACAAAAUCAGACUCGUUCUUUACUGGUAUUCAAACUGUUGUUGAUCUCUCAGUUGUGAAAGAAUUGAAUAGAGUUGAACGUAUUCCAACAGCUGACGCAAUUAUCUUGUUGAACCUUCUUUCAAAUCUGCAAUGUUUACGAACUAAUACCACUUUUCUGGACGCUUUGAAUGCUGCAAAGUUCUCUUAUUCGAAAUGUCUUCAAUAUUUUAUCAUUGAUUCCGAACACAACGAAGAUGACCGUCCGGUGAAUACCGAACCAUUUUGUACCAUGUUCCCUCGUAUUCAACAUUUGAAUAUUCCAGUUGACAGUGUGGAAAGUUGCAAAUACGUUCUUGAACAGUUGAAAGAUGAUCUCAUCAGUGUUGUUUUCCAAAUACCUAAUCGUGAUGGUCUCGAUGAUUCUGACGAUAGUGAUGACGAUGAUGAUACGAUCGGUGGCGAAGACAAUUCAACGGUAGUCGCAUUUGCAGAAUGGAUUAAUGACUUGCCAAAAGAAUAUCAUUCUUUUAAGAGACAACGAUACGUACAUAUCUCACUGAAAUAA